CACCGCCGUCCACAUCUUCCUUAGCUGCCAGCGCCGGGGGCCAAGGAGACUACGUUUGUCCACGGCUCUCUCUUCCCUAAACACAGAACGCACCUCGGCCACCCACCGAAGCUCCUGCCCCUUCGAAGCGACCGCAAACCCCACCUCGUCCUUCCCCUCACGAAACUACCGCCUGCCGCAGCCACGAUGAAGGUUUCCAACCACUCGACCGUGCCCGUAUACACAAUCUCCGGGGCGGAGGCGCGACCGCUGCCAGACUGGCUUGUCAGGAGACGCAAGCGGAGCUUGAAAAAUGACCCCGAAUUUGCAAGCAGAGUGGAAUUGCUCCAGGACUUUGAGUUCGAGGAGGCCAGCCAGUGUGUCCGCGUCUCUCCCGACGGCGACUGGCUCCUGUCAACGGGCACUUAUAAACCCCAGAUCCAUGUUCACUCUCUAUCACAGCUCUCUUUGGCCUUUGCCCGCCAUACCAACACCCUGAACCAGACCUUCCUCCUCUUAGAAUCCGAUUGGAGGAAAUCGAUCCAUCUACAGGUGGACAGGGUUGUCGAAUUUCAUACAGCUGGCGGUUUGCACUACUCCGCACGAAUACCACGAUUUGGACGAGAUCUCUUGUACGACAGGCAUUCGGCAGAGGCGCUCAUACCGUCCGUGGGUGUAAACGCCGAAGGACUAGGAGAGGUCUACAGAUUGAACCUCGAGGUUGGGAGGUUCAUGAAAUCCUACCAAGUGGAUGUAGGCGGCGACGACCUUACGACAGCUGGCGCAGGUUCGCUGCAGGGCGGAAUAAACGCAGGUAGCAUUAACACAGGAUCUAUAGCGGAGGACAGCCACAACCUCCUGGCAUUCGGUACCUCAUUAGGGACGGUGGAGUUCUGGGAUUCACGAUCAAGGAAUCGAGUUGGCAUCCUAUCUCCGUCACAAGACGCUUUCGAGGGGCGCUCAGAGAUUACGGCCCUCCAGUUCCACCGGUCUGGCUUAGAGCUUGCCACAGGCAGUUCGACUGGACUAAUACAUCUCUAUGAUCUCCGAUCUCCAGUUCCCCUGCUGAAAAAGGACCAAGGUUACGGAUUCCCAAUCAAAAACUUAAUCUACCUAAACUCAUCCACCUCCACCCGUGCACAAACAUCGGAACCCAAGAUUCUCUCCAUGGAUAAGCGCAUCAUCAAGAUCUGGGAUGCACGAGACGGCAGCCAUUGGACCUCAGUCGAACCUGCCGUGGACCUAAAUCAUGUGGAAUGGUGUAAAGACAGCGGAAUGCUGCUUACGGCCAACGAGGGCAAGCAGCAACAUUCAUUCUUCAUCCCUCAACUUGGUCCCGCGCCACGGUGGUGUUCCUUCCUCGACAAUAUCGUCGAGGAAAUGGCCGAGAGGCCUGAAGACCCGAAUGCGUAUGGGAACGGUUCCACUGGUGAAGUCUACGAUAACUUCAAGUUCCUCACAUUGCCUCAACUACGGCAGCUGAAUCUCGACCACCUCGUGGGGACCACAGGCCUACUGAGGCCAUACAUGCACGGUUACUUUGUUGCACAGAAACUAUACGAAGAAGCGCGACUAAUAUCCAAUCCUGACCUGUGGCAAGAACAACGACAGAAGAGCAUCCAAGAGAGAAUUGCUAAGGAGCGUGAAUCUCGCAUCCGCGGUAAUAAGAAGGUCUCCGUCAAGGUGAAUCGUAAACUCGCUGAGAAGAUCCUUGAGCGCGAAGAAAAGGCAGAGCGGAGACGCGCCAGACGCGUGCUGGAGAAGGGCGGCGACGACGACAUGCUUGAGAGCGAGAAGGCUCCCGCCGUACAAGAGGCCGAAGAGGGUUCUAGGCCAGCAAGCGGUGUGCUUAACGAUCCUCGUUUCGCGCGCUUGUUCCAGGAUGAAGAUUUCGAAGUCGACGAGGAAAGCCAUGAAUUCGGGGCUAUCAAUCCAGGUACCAAAUUACCUAAAGGCCUCACAGCCGUUGAACAGGAAGAGCUCGAGUCCCGGAAAGGCUCCUCAGACGAAUCAUCGUCCGAAUCGGAGACGGAACAAGCUCGCCCUAUCCGCAAAGGACCUACGGGUGACAAGAAUCGCAUAUCUACGUCCUCCUAUACAAGAGCUGGAAAGAAGUCACAGCGGGGUCCGCAGAUGGUUGUUUCGUCUUCCAACAGGAGGGUGGAUGCUGGGCGGAAUAGAACAUUUGGGGCUAGGGUGUCAAAGCUGAAGGACAGCAAGAUGGCACCGAGCGGGGGGACGACAACCGUGGUGGGCGAGAGGGAGAUCACGUUCGUGCCAGAGAAGAAGCAGAAGAAGAAGGCUAGCGAGGAGAUGCAUGGGCAGAGGCAUGAUCGGAAGAAGGAUAGGCGGAGUGCGAGCGGGAACGUGAUGAGGACUCUAUAGCAUACUCCAUAGGCUAUGAUUGGCUGCUUAGACCGAAGAAAGAAGUGAUACCCUCC